AUGCAUUCGAGGCGUGGGAAAAGGCCCCUUCUGUCCGAUGAAUCGGAGGUUCAUCACCAUCGUCACGUUAACGAUGAUGAUGUUGAUGAGCCGUUAUUCCCGAUUUACUCGGAAAGAUCCCAACAGGAUAUGUCCGCGAUGGUCACCGCUCUCUCUCAAGUCCUCGGCUACACGCCCGAUCAAACUCCACCAAUAGCUGCCGUGCCACCUCAGCAUCACCAUUGCUUGUCUGUGUCAGGUGCACCGCCCCACACCCAACCCCAGCCCACUCAGGAACAAGGUAGGAAAAGGCACUACCGAGGGGUCCGGCAGCGGCCGUGGGGCAAGUGGGCAGCUGAGAUCCGCGACCCGAAGAAGGCAGCCCGCGUCUGGCUGGGCACCUUCGACUCUGCGGAGGCAGCUGCCAUGGCUUACGACGAGGCUGCCCUGCGCUUCAAAGGCAACAAGGCGAAGCUCAAUUUUCCCGAACGAGUCCAUUCUGCUCCACACCUCACUCACAAUAAUAACUUCCAAUUCCACCAAUAUGCAGACCUCAUGCAUUAUAAUUAUAAUAACAAUAAUAGUAACAAUGUGAAUCAAAAUAGUAGUAGUUAUAACACUAGUCAUUGGGGCUAUGGGAAUUAUAUUAAUGCCGUGGGGCACGAUUUGGGUUCUCAAGCGGCCUCGUCUGUGCCGCCGCCGCCAUCUAAUUCGGUGCCCAUGAUGCCUUUGAAUGAAGAGGGUUUUGUAAGGUUUGAUGACGGGUCGGGCUCCGGAGGUGGGCCCGGCCCGGGUGACAGUUCGGAUGGGAAUUGGUGGGAGUUUGAUGGCGGCAAUGACACUAGGAGGUACUUCUUUUGA